CAAUCGACCUUGCAAUUCUUGUUGGUAGUCUGGACACCGAUUUCCGAGAUUAAUAUUUCUGGUGUGACUCUUAAUUCGGACCUCGAUGUGAGGGGAAGUUUAAUUGGUGUUAGAGAUGCAGCAACAAAAGUGUCAAUAACAACACGUGAUGCAGGACGUGAUAAGCGUAAUUUAGUAAUGAUUAAU